AUUGUGACUUCUCCUUUUUUUUCUCAUCCAUCCAGUUUUGGCUGCAAAAAACGCUUUGCUUGAGCCACUUUGCAGUGUGCAGGUCAACGUGCUGCCUCGGCAUCUGCAGCAAACAUGGAUGAUUACGAAGUAACCACCGAGGACUACUGGAUAUUUGAUGACUACGACAACUACACAUUGACGCCGGAAACCAGCAAGACAUACGCGACGCCCUGCCCUAACGAGGACAUCUACGUGUUUGCGCAGCGAUAUCUUCCCGUUGUCUUUAUCCUGGUCUUCCUCCUGGCCGUAGUGGGCAACGUGCUGGUGCUGUGCGUGAUCCGGCGCUACCGUAGCUCCCGUGGCGGCGGCUGCUCCUUUUCCCUGACCGACACCUUCCUCCUGCACCUGGCCAUCUCCGACCUGCUGCUGGCCUUCACGCUGCCACUCUUCGCCACCCAGUGGGCCCACCAGUGGGUGUUCGGCAAGGCGCUCUGCAAGAUUUCGGGUGCUCUCUUCUCGCUCAACCGCUACAGCGGCAUCCUUUUCCUGGCCUGCAUCAGUUUCGACCGCUACCUGGCCAUCGUCCACGCCGUCAGCUCUGGCUGGAAACGCACCACCUGCCAGGCGCAGGUGGCCUGCGCCAUCAUCUGGGUGGUCUGCCUGGUCCUGGGCGGGGUGGACAUCACCUUCAAGCAGGUGGGCGAGGUGAAUGUGGGCGAGGCCCGCUCGCCGCUCCUGUGCCAGGUGUGGUUCCCCGCCAACGCAGCACAGUGGCAGGCCAGCCUGCAGCUGCUCAGCGUGAGCCUGGGCUUCGGGCUCCCGCUCCUAAUCAUGCUGUACUGCUACAUCCGGAUCUUCCGCUCGUUGUGCAACGCCACCCGCCGGCAAAAGCGCAAGUCCCUGCGCCUCAUCGUCUCGCUAGUGUCCGUCUUCGUGCUCUGCUGGGCGCCGUACAACGGCUUCCAGCUGGCCGACGGGCUGCAGAGGCUGGGCGUGGUGGCGGGGGGCUGCCGCUUUGGCCGCAUUGUGGACAUGGGCACGGUGAUCACCGAGAGCGUGGGGCUGUCCCACUGCGCCCUCAACCCGCUGCUCUACGGCUUUGUGGGGGUUAAGUUCCGCAGGGAGAUGGCGCGCAUGUGCAAGGGGCUGCUGGGCAAGAGAGGCUGGCUGGGCGUAGGGGAAUGGGGGGAGCAGAAGCGCAAGACCACCGGUUCCCACAGCUCUGCCGAGAGUGAAAACACCCACUACUCUGUCGUGCUGGGAAGAUGAGAGAGAUAAAAAAGUUCAUGAUGUGUCUGAAGAAUAGUGCCACUUUUUCCAUUGCGCACGAGCAGCUCCACUGACUAACUCUUAAGACAGAUGCAAAUUUUGAAAACUUUGUCCACUUAGUGCACAUGAAAAGAGAAAUUUGCUAGAUGCUAGGAGUGUACAGCGGUUUGAGCAAAACAGAUGUGUGGUUUGUCAGGUCUUAUGAUUGAUAGGAAGGACCAACCAAGUUCUGGAAAUACGAGCUCACGGUAAUCAAAAUAGCAAAUAAAGAUGACGUACCACGCAAUUGAAUAUAUAGUAUAUGAUACAGCCCCCCCGUGUAUUUUUGUACCUAAAACAUUUGUAGAUGGCCCUGAUUAAGAAAGUGAAGCACUGAAACAAAAAUUUUGGCUGAGUAUAAUAAAGACUGGAAAAUGUUCUCUGUGUCGCUAUGGUGCCAUGCUUGCAUGUCGUUGCUUUAGAAAAUGUAGUAUUUUGUUGUUGGAUAUUGUUUUUGUAUGAUUAUCUUGUGAAAUAGUACCUUGUGAAAAGUUGAAUUUCUUUAAAGCAAAUUUUUCUUAACCGUUACAUGCAAAUAUGUUAAAUACAACUGAGCUGUGCGUAACACUUGUUUAGCCACUCUUGUAGGAACAUCAUUGUGACCUUAUCAUGAAAACAAAAUGGUUCAUGAGUAACUGAUGAAAACGUUGAAAUAUAUCUGCUGACUAUGUCUCUUUUUUUUUUCAGCUACAAACAUAUCCCCGUGUGUGUGAUCUGUGUUACAAAAAGAGGAAAUAAUUGUGACUCACUUGUUGUUUAAGGUGGCACACAGCCCUUAGCAUUGGUUAUGAGCUAUGAUUGUAUGAUACACUUUUGGAGAAUAAAAUAAUCAAAGCCUGAUGUA